AUGGCAAAGUGGUUGAACGACGGUCGUACCGCAUCUGCUUUGGAGCAUCAAUUUCGACCCAUCAAGGCUGCUGCUAAGAAUGCAUCAUGCAAUUCCCCCUCCACCGCCGAAAAAUUCGGUGAUGGUACAACAGGAAGCACCCCCAAAAAAACCCGCGCACCGCGUAACCCCUCCAAGAAAACCCCCAAGAAAACCGCCCUAUCCAGCAAUGAAGAAGGAGACGACGAUUCUGAUCUCGAAAUGAAUACUCCCUCUAAGAAAUCCUCCCCCGUCAAAAAAGAAUCUAUGAAUAAAGUUAAAGGCGGACGGGUUGAGAAGAAAAAUGGAACUCCUGCUCGUGCGGCUAAGAAUACGGUUAAGAGUUAUAUUGAUAGUGAUGAUGAGGAAUAUGAUGAUGAGUUGAUUAUUAAGGAUGAGGAUACUAAUGCGUAUGAUUUUGGGCGCGCGGCGGAUGGUGAUGAGGAUAUGCUUGGUGGUGGUGGUGGGGGAUUUUUGGGUCAUGGUCAUGGUAAUGGUCGGGGGAAAUGGAAGUGGUGGGAAGCUGGUGCUGAGGUAUUCAGUCGAUGCUUCAUAUUGGCCUUCGACACUCUUACCCUUUUCUUUUCUAGUCAAUUGGCUUUCGACUUUCGACCUCCUCAUCUCAUCCCAUAA